CUCUGUUUGUCACUUCAGGGAAGACACUGAGGGAGUCCUGCACUGAUCAGAAGUGAGUCCAGCAUGUCAGGCACCAGUCUCAGGAGAAAUGGCACUCUCAUCACACACAGCCACGCCACCUACAUUCCACCAACUCUGAUGCCCGGGUACAGUGGACAUGUGCCAUCCACCAAGUUCCUGUACGGACUCACAUUUGGAAAUGCGAGCAUCUCAUAUUUUAUGGACACACAGCGUGCAGCCAUGAACUCCAGUCAAAUCAACCACUUCCCUUUCAUCUACCCUGCAUCUGGAGGUUUGAUCACUCCAUCAUCCAAUCAUCCGUGGAGUAAAGACCGGCCACUCUACAGCCCUUACUGGGCGCAUUACAAUGUAGGCUUUGAGCGCCAACAAGAGAUCAAACACUUUGAUGAGCUGGCACAGAAACACAGGGAGAACUACAAGGACAAGACUGGUAGACAGCAGCCUGUCAGUUACUUCAUUAUUCCAACGAAGAAGCCCAGUGAGAAGUAUUCAUGGGAACCUGUCUAAGAACCAGAGUGCACUACAGAGUGAAUGUAACUACUGAAUAAUGUAAAACUGAACAUCUGUUAAAGACUUUAUAGUACACUCAUAAAAAAUGUGUUAGUUUUAAAUAAUUGGCUUUGUAAUAUUCCCCAGUGCUGUGGCAAUAUUGCUGAAUAGUUGGCCUGCUAUGGACUGUUAGACACUUGCCUUUAGGAAAUGUAUGAAACAUUUAAGAGCAAUGUGUGAAGAAGUAAAUAAAUAAUGCUAUGAGAUACUGA